AUGUUGAUCUCACUCGAGAACGCCCCAUUCCUGGCUGCAGGCUUGCUCCUCGCCUACUUCCUUGUACCCUACCUGCAGCGCUCACGACUGCGCGAUAUCCCGGCCCCCGGUUUCGCAGCAUUCACCAAUCUGUGGCUACUUUUGCAAGCUCGCCAGGGUAAACGUUAUCUAUCUGUCGACGAAGCGCACGCCAAAUACGGAAAGCUUGUUCGCAUCGCGCCGAAGCAUGUCUCCGUUGCCGACGACGAAGCUGUGACCGCCAUCUACGGCCAUGGAAAUGGAUUCUUGAAGGCUGACUUCUACGACGCUUUCGUCUCCAUUCGCCGCGGUCUCUUCAACACCCGUGACCGCCACGAACACACCCGCAAGCGCAAGACUGUCUCACACACAUUCAGUGCGAAGUCAAUCGGUCAAUUCGAGCAGUACAUCCACGGCAACAUCGAGUUGUUUGUGAAGCAAUGGAACAAGCUCUCCGAUCUUGAAGCAAACCCGAAGACAGGCUAUGCAUCCCUCGACGCCCUCAACUGGUUCAACUACCUCGCUUUCGACAUCAUCGGUGAUCUCGCCUUCGGUGCCCCAUUCGGCAUGCUGGAGAAGGGCAAGGAUUUCGCCGAGAUGCGCAAAAACCCCAACGAACCACCCAAGUAUGUCGCUGCCAUCGAGGUCCUGAAUCGCCGUGGUGAAGUCUCCGCUACGCUGGGCUGUAUGCCGUCUAUCAUUCCCUUUGCGAAGUACAUUCCCGAUAAGUUUUUCAGCGAAGGUCUGGCCGCUGUAGAGAAUUUGGCCGGUAUUGCCAUUGCCCGUGUCAAUGAGCGCUUGAAGCCUGAGGCUGUUGCCAAUAACACCCGUGUGGAUCUGCUCGCCCGACUUAUGGAGGGCAAGGAUGAGACGGGUAGCACUCUUGGUCGGGAGGAACUUACUGCUGAGGCCUUGACACAGCUGAUCGCCGGUUCCGACACAACUUCGAACACUGCCUGUGCUAUUCUGUACUGGUGUCUCCGUACACCGGGCGUCAUUCCCAAGCUCCAGAAGGUCCUGGAUGAUGCUAUUCCCAAGGAUAUUGACGUACCCACUUUCGCCAUGGUCAAGGAUAUUCCUUACCUGCAGUGGGUCAUCUGGGAGACAAUGCGCAUCCACAGUACCUCUGCAAUGGGUCUUCCCCGCGAAAUUCCUGCCGGUGCAGCACCGGUCACUAUUUCUGGGCACAUUUUCGGCCCUGGAGAUGUGCUCUCUGUCCCUAGCUACACUAUCCAUCGCUCAAAGACUAUCUGGGGUGAUGACGCGGAGGAGUUCGUGCCUGAGCGCUGGAACCCCGAGCGCCUGACCGCGAGACAGAAAGCUGCUUUCAUUCCUUUCAGUCACGGCCCCCGUGCGUGUGUUGGGCGGAACAUUGCAGAGAUGGAGUUGCUUGUCAUGGGCGCUACUGUGUUUAGGCAGUUUGAGUUCCAGCUUGAGCAGGAUCACCCCAUGGAGACACGGGAGGGAUUCUUGCGAAAGCCUUUGGGUCUGCAGGUUGGUAUGCGGCGCAGAAGAACUCAGCUUUGA